CCUCCCCGGGCCCGCACAGGCGCUCCGGUAAUGGCGGCUCUGCGGAGCCAGGGCCCCCUCAGGGCGGUACGGGGGCCGUGCUUGGCCCCGCUCUGACCAAUCGGCGCGCCAGAAUGAGGAGUGGCGGCAGGAUCAGCCAAUGGCGGCGAGGGGCGGGCUGUGCGCGCGGCGCGGGCUCUGCACACGGCCCGGGCUCGCCUCCCUUUCCCCGAGCUGCGGCGUUUCCCGGAAGCCGCGGCUGAGGAGCGGCCCCGGCGCUGGGCCCGGCCCGGGCGGGAGCCCAAGGAGCCGCUGCUGCUGCCCCGAACCGCCCCGAGCUCGGCGUGACCGCGACCUGAGGGCGCUGGGAGCUGCGGUGAGUGCGGGACGGAGCAGGGACGCACCUGCAGCCCCGGCAGGAGCCCCGGCCGGAGAAGGGGAUGCUGGAGAGAGGCCACAACCUCUCUGUCACUUCCCUCCUCAGCCUGGGCAGGGAACAGAGCACGGAAGGAAAGGCUCAAGGGCCUGGGAUUUUUCAUUCCCAGAGCGUGUCUGGAUGGAGGAGGAGGAAAAGCCCUGGAGAUUCCGCACGAGGAGGGGCUGCAAACCCGGCCCAGGGAGCUGCAGGGAGGAAAGAGCCCCCGUGAGACAGGAGGGCAGCCGGAGAUCCAGCCAGAGCUCAGAGCUGGUGGAGAAGCCUCAUGGCAGGGAGAAGCCCCACAAGUGUUUGGAAUGUGGGAAGGGCUUCAAGUGGAGCUCCAACCUGAUCCAGCACCAGGUGAUCCACACUGGGGAAAAGCCCUAUGAGUGUGAAGAGUGUGGGCAGGGUUUCAGCCGGAGCUCCAGCCUGUUCCAGCACCAGAAGAUCCACAGUGGAGAAAAGCCCUACAAGUGUGGGAAAUGUGGGAAGAGCUUCAGCCGCAGCUCUAGCCUGUUCCAGCACCAGGUGAUCCACACUGGAGAACGGUCUUACACCUGCUUGGAAUGUGGGAAGAGCUAUGGGUGGCACUCUGACCUGAGAAAACACCAGCGCACCCACACUGGGGAGAGGCCCUACAAGUGUCCCCAGUGUGGGAAGAGGUUUCAGAUCAGCUCCAGUCUCCUCGUACAUGAGCGGAUUCACACACAGGAGAGGCCCUUCCGCUGCCCUGACUGUGGGAAGGGCUUCAAGCGAAACUUCCACCUCACCACCCACCGGCGCGUCCACACUGGGGAGAGGCCCUACGAGUGUGGGGAGUGUGGGAAGAGCUUCUCACAGAGCUCUCACUUGACCCAACACCAACGGAGGUGCCACUAAAGGAAGCCCAGUGAGUGCCCCAAGUGCGGGGAGAGCUUUGUGUGCUGCUCCAGCUCCAUCCCCCAUGGGAGGAUUGGUGUUGGAUGAUCCCCAGUGACCCCCGUUGGGCAGAGCCCUGGUGACCCCUGAUUGGGAAUCAAACAGAGAGUAAAACAAUGGAGCUGAUAGAGGGGCCCGAUAGCUGAGGCCUGACUGAGCAGAAACCGUGGGACAGACACAGACACAUAAAGGCUCCCUGAGCAAGAAUUCCCCCAAGUCCCUCCCCAGUGCCCCCCAUAAACUGGACUGGGUUUAACUGGGAAGCUUUACUCGGAACACUGGGAGCAGCUGGGCGCAGGCAGAGUGACAGUGAGGCUGGGGGGACACACGACCCCCCCAAAAUCAGUGCAGGGAUGGAGCAGGGGGUCCCGGCCUGGCCUGAGGCCACGGGGAGGGGCUGCAGCCGCUGGUGUCUCAAGAGCUCUGUGGACAGAGAAAAGGGGGUGACACUGGGCUGGGGGGCCCCAGGGGAAGCACACACGCUCUGGGGAAGGGGGGACAUGACCCCCAGGACCUUCCCUCACCUUCUUGCACAGGUAGAAGCCGAGCCCCAGUGCCAGGAAAACGAAGCCCAACAUGGAGCCCCCAAUUCCCAUCAUCAUCUUGCUGUUGACAACAUCUGGUGGCAUCUCUGGGGGGUGUGCAGGGGUCAGGACCCCCAAAACCUCUCACAGACACCCCAAGUUCUUUCCAA